CUUUGUAAACAUGGCGUUCUCCAUGCGGCGAAUUGCUCUUUGCCCUCUAAAUGUUUCUUAGCAAAUCAAGAGCUCGGAAAAUGUAUAUUUUUGUACAAUUCGCAAUUAGUGAAAGCAUAACAUCAAAGUGAUUUCUUUUAGAUAGAAAUCACACUGAAACCACAGCUCCCAACAUGAGUUUCAUCCGUGGUGGCGUCUUCAUGAGAAGAGCAUCGUCUGCUAAAUAUCGUCUACUCAGUUCGCUGGCAGCAAGUUUUCUUCCUCCGAGGGCACUUUGCAGCAAGGAAGCUCUAAGGGCCUGUGUCAAAUGUGCUGCAAGGAUUUCAACCAAAUCUCACCAUGUAUCACAAAUCACAAGCAAUGAAAGCUGGGCUGUUCACCUGAGAAAUCUCUCUCUGCGUUCAACACAUAAAACAAUAACAUUAUGUGGAAGACUGAGUAUACCUUGUAUAGGUGUGAUAGGAACUAGUUUAGCAUGGUACCACCAUCGGGGAAAUAAUGCCCACUGUAAACAGCAGCACCACAGAACCAGACUGGUGGGAACCAACAAAGAUGAAUCGGUGCCAGAUCCGAGUUUUGAUCACAAAGGUCUCUGGAAGCUCUUGCUUCCUGAGAUAUGGUACCUAAUGGCAGCAGUGGCAAGUGCCCUUGCAGUAGCAGUCGUAAACAUCAACAUUCCGUUAAUGCUGGGCGACCUUGUGAACGUGGUGUCAAAGUUCACGACAGACACAGCGGCCAGCUUCUUUGAUGACAUCAAAAAGCCUGCUAUGAAGCUAUUGGGAAUCUAUUGCUUGCAGGGUUUGUUGACGUUCGGGUAUAUCUCGCUUUUGUCCACUGUGGGGGAGAAUGUGGCCGCCAGGAUGAAGAUACAGUUGUUUGAAUCUCUGCUCAGUCAAGACAUAGAGUUUUACGACAGGCACAAGACCGGGGAGCUGAUCAACAGACUCACCACUGAUAUUCAAGAUUUCAAAAGUUCAUUCAAGUUGUGUAUUUCUCAAGGUCUUCGCGCUACCACACAGACUGUUGGCUGUGUUGCAAGUCUACUCAUGAUCUCACCAAAGCUAACCGGCAUCAUGCUGAUUGUCGUCCCAGCAAUCAUCUCCGCAGGAACAGCACUUGGGUCCAAUCUUCGUACAUUGUCAAGGAAAGCUCAGGAACAGGUAUCUCAAGCUACAGCUGUUGCGGACGAGGCCAUAGGGAAUGUUCGGACUGUCAGAGCCUUUGCCAUGGAAUCAAAGGAAAACGAGCUGUACAGCCAGCAGGUGGAGAAGGCGUGUCACCUCAACACACAGCUGGGCAUCGGUAUCGGCAUGUUCCAGGGUCUGGCUAAUGCUGCUCUCAAUGGUGUUGUCCUAGGGACCAUGUUUGCCGGUGGCUGGAUGAUGUCUGUGCAUGAGCUGAAUGCUGGAGAUCUCAUGUCCUUCCUGGUGGCCACCCAGACCAUUGAGAGGUCCCUGGCACAAAUGUCUCUCCUGUUUGGUCAGAUUGUGAAGGGAGUGAGCGCAGGAGCCAGGGUCUUCGAGUUCAUUAAUCAUGAAGCGAAGAUCCCCCUUCACGGUGGCAAGAGAAUUCCUUUCCAUGCUCUGAUGGGCAACUUGGAGUUUCACAAUGUCGGCUUCUCGUACCCAACCCGAGCCGAACAGGAAGUGCUUCAUAACUUCAAUCUCAAGAUACAGGGGGGAUCUGUUGUGGCCCUAGUUGGAUUGUCAGGGGGAGGAAAAUCUACAGUGGCUGCCCUGUUGGAGAGAUUCUACGACGUGACCAAAGGGGAGAUAACUCUAGAUGGAAUCAACAUACAAGAUCUUGAUCCAACAUGGCUGAGAGGAAGAGCAUUGGGCUAUAUUAACCAGGAACCGAUAUUGUUUGCUACAUCUGUGAUGGAGAACAUCCGAUAUGGACGACCUGAUGCAAGUGACCAAGAGGUGAUAGAGGCUGCUAAGCAGGCUAACGCCCACAACUUUAUCUCCAAGUUCCCUGAGGGCUACCGAACUGUACUGGGAGAGAGAGGCGUGACAGUGUCUGGGGGACAGAAACAGAGAAUAGCUAUAGCCCGAGCUCUCAUCAAGAACCCCUCUGUGCUCAUACUGGAUGAGGCCACAAGUGCUCUUGAUGCUGAAUCUGAGAGAAUUGUUCAGGAAGCUUUGGAUAAAGUCAUUAAAGGGCGAACAGUGUUGGUGAUCGCUCAUAGGCUCAGCACGAUACGAGAUGCAGAUGUCAUAGCAGUUGUUUCUCAUGGAAAGAUAGUUGAGAUGGGCUCCCACAGCAAGCUGAAGGAAAAGAGGGGCCUGUACUGGGAGCUGAUCAGACAGCAGGAGAUCGAGGAGGAGCUGGAACAUCGACAACAGACCGGAUAAUCACACAACAACUUAGCUUUUCAUGUAUUUAUUGUAUUGUACAAGGCUGGUUACUUGUAGACGGAGAGUCACUGGUCCUUCAGUGACUUGACAACAUGUACAAGACAGGCAGCCCAAGAUUGUUCUGUAUCUAUCCAUGUAUUUAGAGCAUGAGGUAUGAGGCACCAUGGAAUAUCUUUCCAGUGUCGAUAAACUAAGACCUGAGCUUUGGCGUGAAACAUUAACGACUUGGAAUAGUUAGUAUGUAAUUCUGAGUUGACAGUUGGUUAUUCUAUGUAUUACCUAUAAUCAGGAAUAUUAGAAAAUAUGAGUUUCCCGAACACAAAAGAGGUAUAACCUAGGUCAGUGUACUGACAGAGUGGAUGAGUGGAUAAUGGAUAAAGUCCUCCUCAAUUACUUGUGACAAUACACUGACAAGUCACCAUGUUGAUGAGGGUCAUAUCUCAGACAUUCUAUAUAAAUGAACAGUGGUCUUGCACAAGCCAAUCAGUGAGACUUACAGGUGUCCCCUCUGGGAAAGAAAUGUUUGAUUCUCCAAGAGAGUGACUUUUUAGUGAAAAAUGAAAGAUGUUCUUCUGGUUAAUUUCUUUUAUUGAACUCGAACAAUAACUUUAUGGUAAACCCAUUGUGAUAGUUUAGUUGUACUGGGGGUGAUUUGGGGGAUCUCAAUUUGCUCUGUAGGGUUGCUUCCCUUUAGGUUGACAGGAUCUGAUGAGAGUGGGCUUGAAUACCAGUUUUGCCCGUAUGAUGAUUCUUGGUUUGUAAUCACCAUACCUGUGAUGAUAGGCAUCUAAGACCUGCUUCAUUGAAGCUAAAAUGCCAUGAUAUAACUGGAAUAUUGUUCAAUCAGGUGGUUAACCCAGCAGACUCGCCUACACAAGUUAAGCUAGCCCACAGUUACACAAGCCUGGAGCUGGAUGUGUGAGUGCCACAUUGCACAGAAUCAGGUUUCAAAUUGAACUAAUCCUUGUAUGCCUUUGAGUGGUAUUUUGUUCUGAUGCUUGAGAGUUGCAUCCCUUAGCCACGGCAGGAUCUACUAGUCAUUGGUUCAUAUUCCAUUUGACUUAAUUAUGAUCCAUAGUCUGUCAGUACCAUGAUCAUGGAUUUCACCACAGUAGCGAGUAUCUAUGACCUGGGACAUUUUUGGCUACCCUAGGGCACGCCAGAAACCUGUGAUUCUGGCAUUGCACUAUCCUGACAGCCAAAGCCAUUUUCACUAAUGGUAAAAUGUUUUUAUAUGUUAUCACUUUGCAGGCUAGUAGACAUUAGUUAAUUUCUAUACAUGGUUGGAAUCCUGGUUCGCCCCGAUUGCUUCUAGGCUGUCAGCACCAUAUGUCACAUGGUCGUGGGUUUCACCUAAGCUUCUGAGACCUGUAUCACUUCAGGCGUUCCUCCCAUAUUAAGCUGACAUGUCAUGAUAACUGGAAUACUUUUCAAAGAGGUGGUGAACCAAACUCACUUACUCUAACAUUAAGCUGACAUGUUGUUAUAUGACAGACAUGUUGUUCAAGGCAGUGAGAGUUCCAACUUAAUCCCUUGUUAAGAUGAAAUACACUGCAUAAGUGAGGGUAAGCACAAGAUCCUGGUGUCACCGAUGACUUGUGACAGUCUGAGGAAGAAGCAUACACUUCGUGCAGUGUUAGAGAUAGAUGAUUGUAAAAUAGGAUUCUUGACAUAAUCUUACAGUCAAACACCUUUGUGUGGAGGUUGAAGGGACCUGCAUUAAUACAUUGAAGUUUCUGAGGUUCGACACAAGCGAAAAUUAUGAAUAAAAAAGGAAUACACAGGGACCAAGCUUUUACUUUGAGAAUGUUUGACACAUCAAAGUUUGACACAACAGGGUUACUAAUGUUAAAAGUGUAUGAGGGGUGGUGGGGUGGCCCGGUGGUCAAAGUGUUCAAUAAAGGUUUAAGAUUUUAGGAUCUUGAGAUCAAAAUACAGCACCCUAAAUCAGGCCCCUUCUAUUUGCUAACACAAAUUAUGCCAUCACAAAUUAAUAAUAAUGCUUUCAUCCAAUUUUUUAUACAAUGUUAGUAGAGGGGGAGUUCAUUUGUUGUUUUUACGAACAAAAUAUUCAAGGCAUCUCAAUCGAUGUGAUUCACACAAAGCAGGAACUUUUUGGUAGGAUUAUAUAUGUUUAGUGUAUUUCAUCAAGUAGAGAAAGAAGGGAACGUGUGGUGACUUCUUCCUCUGGAUACAUAGUGUUAAGACAUUGAUGUGGCAUUGUGUUUGUUAGUGAGGCUAGUGGGCAUGAGUAUCUAAUACGCUAAUAAUAGUUUGGCUUUUUGUGAUAUGCAGGGAGCCAUCUUCAUUGCAGGGGGCACAGGUGGCCCAGCCAUCUAAGGCGCCGCGAUUCGCUGUGCAAAGUUGGGGCCAUUGGACAUGCCAGAAACCUAUGAUUGUGGGUUCGAAUCCCGGGUUCGCCCCGAUUAUGUUUGUAGGUUUGUCAGCACCAUAACCGUGCUCGUGGGUUUCACUGAAGUGGUAAACGUCUUAGACCUGCAUCACUUCGGGCUCUCCUCCCACAAUAAGCUGACACCCCGUGAUAUAAUUGGAAUACUGUUAAAAGUGGCGUAAAACCCAACUCACUCACUCACUCUUCAUUGCAAGUCUAGGUGGAUGGACUUUAUUGUGAUACUGACCUAUACCCAACAAAAUCAAGACAUGUUUUUGAAAUGUGUAAAUAUUUGUACAACUUAGUGUGAUGUGAUAUUGUGAAAAGCAUCUCAUGACGUUUGAUGUGAAUGGCUGUUUAGGCAGGUUUUUGUUAUUGAUUGGUUUAUGGAUCUGCCGAAUGUAAUAAUCAGGAAAGUAGAAAAAAAUGUUUUUAUUUAGUUUUUAACAUUACUGCCAAGUAUGAAAAGCCCAUUUAGCAAUAAAAAACAUUACAAAUUGUUUUCAUGCAUGUCCAAGAUUAAUGUUUAAUUAAUUUAUCAGGAUCUUGGUUAUCAUGACAUAUAUAUACAUUUUUUUUUUAAAUCCUACCGACCAUAUGUUUACACAAAAGACAAUAAAAUAUUUGAAAGUGAUGUUUUUUCUUGUCUUAUUUUUGACCACUGACUGAAGUUUUGAGAGAAGAAAUCUAUAAACCAACUUGUGAAAAGAAAAGGCCUUUGUUGCAUUAUGUGAGCUAUGUUCUGUACAUAUGAUUAUGAAGACUUUUGAAUUUCAAAGCAUUCUAUUAUAUAUCCCAAUAAAAGAACCUUUACUAAGGCAGAUAUGUUCUGAUAUUAAUAUUCAAUGUUUUAGCAUUUUUAAAGAAAGAAAGACCAAGUAACCAUGCUUAUGAUACAUUUUGCAGUUCAAACACUGCUGUUCACAGCAGCAUUAAACCUAACUCACUUUCUCUAAAGGGGCGAUGGGGUAGCCUCAUUGUUAAGGUGUUCACUUGUCGUGCCAAAGACCUGGGUUCGAUUCCCCACAUGGAUACAAGGUGUAUUUUCUGGUGUCCCUGCUGUGAUAUUGCUGGAAGGUUGCUAAAACUCACUCCUCUCGGCGU